GCUCUCCACACGUGCAAGCCCUGGCGCCCAGAUGCACACCCCUGCCCCCGCUGGACAAGUCUGCCUCCCGUGCUGACGCACUCGUUUUGGGGAAGAAACCCCGACUUUCAUCUUCGCCUGGUGCAGCACGCGCCAAUGUCCUGCCAUAGCGCCCCUCGCAAGGAGAAACCAGAUUGCCGGAAGGGCGGAGAGAGGAUCCCUACUCCUGACAACCAAAUGCUGGCCCGUGGCAGGGGGUGCUCAAGCCAGGACAGGGUGUUUCUAGUCUUCGUCUCUGGAUAAAAAUGGUUAAUGAAGCCCUGGAGCAGGUGGUCACGUCAGGCCAAAAGAAACCAAAGAGGCUAAGGGUGAAAAUGACCAUCGCCAGCUGGUUUAGGAGUCAUUCAACGUCCGUCUAACUUCUCCCAUGAAUUGCCAAGAGUCUCUGCAGAACGAGGAGGAAAAAACCUGCCGCUUAGUCAUUUUUGUGUUCUUAUUAAACUCAGGUUUCCCCGAGGCUAACAGGAGCUGAUAUCGUAAUUAUUGGCUUGCUCACCCAGCUGCCUUCUCUCACCUGAUGCAAGAUCAGAUCUUUCCAGCCUUCGAGAGGCUCGGCAGCGCUGAGCCUCCCCUCUCGCUGCGGGGCUGUGUGCAUGACCUCAUCCCGUCCCGGGGCAGCAGAACGCCGUUUUGCUUGGAUAGAAAGGUAAAAGGAAACCUCAGUCAACUUCAUACAGCUUUUUAGAGCUCAGGCGUGAAAGCCAAGCGGAAGGGGAGCAGAACUCCCUCACCUUGGCUCAUCUAUUUAACCCGAAGCCCCCAAGGCUGACUUUGAAGCUGUCCCGGCUGAGCGGCGUGGAAGGCCCCCACUUGCGCCCGUUCCCCCGAGGCUCGGUCUGGCAGUGGGAAGCCUUACGAGGGGAAGAGAGGCAAGUAGACACCAGGUGCCUGGAUGAGACGGGGCUAUUGCAGUGCAAAGCGUGGCCAUCCCAUCCUCCUGACCGCCCGCCGCUCGUGAUGACUGCAGCACAGUAGGGCACCGUCCCAGCAGAGCCAGGAUUUUUUAUUUUUUUUAAAUCGGGCUGCGAUUUGGGAAUGGUUUCCUUGCUUCAGGACCAAGCCAGUAUUAAGUUCCCUUCUUCGGACACACUGAACAGCGACCACCAAGACGACCUCAUGCAGAUGCAGGGAGACUCCAGCCCCCCCGAGCAGCAAGCUGAUAAUCCCAGUUUCAGCUGCCAGGCGUACGACCCGGACAGCAGGACAGAAAGGAAGAGUUCAGACUCGUCGCACAGCCCCAGCCCCUCUUCUCCAGCCCACGACCCGCUUCACGGGAGAUUCCCUGCCAGCCAAGCCAUCCAUGCUGCCAGGAGCAAGUUUAAAACCACCCACAGUCUGGAAAAAUUCAGAAGGUAUAGCUACGACGAAAACACGGCCGGGACCUACGGCAGCUUCCUCAAGAGCAGCAGGAACCCCUUCCACCCUUACAAGAGGCAGAUCAGCGAGGAGGUCUUCCAAGAAAGCCAUCAAGCCCUCGCGCUGGAUGAUCAUGCCUUCAAAAAUGCAAGAAGCGCUGAAACUUUUGAAGAGCUGCCAGGAUCUACAGGCACGGGAGAGACAGAGGCCUUCCCUGCACACGUUCCCAACAUCUCCACGGAGCAAACGUGGUGCAACAGCCUCCAGUACAGCACCCGGGGCCAAGAUCCCAGCACUCAAGCCUUGCAGGAUUCGGAGGUCAGCCUUAAAGCCCUGUCACUGGAAGGGCAGCCCGGUCUGUACUGCUACCAGCCCCAGGUGCAAGAGAUGUACUGCCCCUCGCACCCGUUCCAGCAGUAUUCCCCAGGAAGCAGCUACCCUGUGACCUACCUCCCUUCGCCCCAGUACCCCUACCAGAGGAUCGCUCCUCAAGGAAGCCAAGAGUCCCACCAGCUUCUGUUUCCAAAGCCGAUCUACUCCUACAGCAUCCUGAUCUUCAUGGCACUCAAGAACAGCAAGACGGGGAGCCUGCCGGUCAGCGAGAUUUACAAUUUCAUGACAGAACAUUUCCCUUAUUUUAAGACAGCUCCGGACGGCUGGAAGAAUUCGGUCCGCCAUAACUUAUCCUUGAACAAGUGCUUUGAGAAAGUUGAAAAUAAGUCAGGCAGCUCUUCUCGGAAAGGCUGUCUGUGGGCACUGAAUCCAGCCAAAAUCGAUAAGAUGCAGGAAGAGCUCCAGAAAUGGAAGAGGAAAGAUCCGGUGGCUGUGAGGAAGAGCAUGGCCAAGCCAGAAGAGCUCGACACAUUGAUAGGAGAGAAGAUGGACAAACUGAGGUCUUCCGUCAUGGCCUGCAGCCCAAACGGUGUCACAAGUUCAUCGGGGGUUUCCAGACAGAUGCUAGUCCAGCCCCACUCUCUGUGUGACCCAUCCCUCUCGUCUGGUCCCCCCCCGGCUUUGCAUGCUAUUCACCCACCAGGACCAUUACGUGCCAAGAACCCACUACCAAGUUUGCUCGGAGGGCACCACUCUUCGUGUUACGCAUCGUCGCAGGGCUUUCCUCCAAUCUCGACUACGUUAAUGCAGCAAUCACCAGGCAUCCCUCAGACCAUAUUCCCUUCUGGAGACACCCAAAGUGAACUCAGGGCACAGCCUAGCACCACCCAGGACUCCCCGGUGCCAGCUCAGACCCCUCCUAUACAUGGCAUGAAGAUGCUGACAGAGCACUCGGCAACCCGAACAAUGCAGGACACGCUCAUGCAAGACGGCGACCUGAGCAACGACAUCGACGCCCUUAAUCCGUCCCUGACUGAUUUUGAUCUCCAAGGAAACCUCUGGGAAGAGCUGAAAGACGACAGCCUGGCUGCGGACCCCCUGGUUCUCAUCUCGUCCUCCCAGUGUUUGCCUCCACACUGCCAGAUGGAUGGCGGCACCAGCAGUGCCCCCCACACCAGCGUACCCGACCUCCAGCUUACCACCCUUUACUCGGCAUUUAUGGAAGUGGAUGCAAUGUCUACACCCUACUUGAGCAAUCCUGGAUCGAAGCCCAUAGCAUUAGUGUGAACCACAAGCCAACCUCACUGCCGUUAUUUGUGUCCCAACGCAGGAUCCAAGUCACUCUAGCACCUUCGCCAAAAUAAAUCAGUACUGUGUCCAGCCACGUAAGGACUCUCUUUUUCUAGAGCUGGCCUGCAGAAAAUAGAAGCCUUCCCCAAGCCUACUUGUAAGAGAUGAUAUUAAAUGCUGGAAAAAAAACCCACAUGGCCCGCUAGUUUAAAGAUAAAUUGAGGCUGGCCAAAAAGGCACUGGCAGCUUUUCUGCAUCUUCCUGAAAUAAAAGAUGAGCUGAGGAAAACAAACAGCUGUCAGAUACUUGUAUGGGAGCCUCUUGCGAUUGAGCGUGUAAGUCAAGGCAAACAAAAAUAAAAAUAUUCCCAAGAAA